AUGUUCGUGACGCUGGAGACACAGGGUGCUGAUUUGAGGAGUGAAGUUCAAACUUCAGGAGUAGCACCAGAUCGAGCUGCAAUGUGGUGGUUCUGGAACCAAAGCGGACCACACCUUGGUCGCAAACGUGGCCUCGUCGAUUUCGGAUCGCCUCAAGCCUCUGAACAGGAGCAUGCUCUGGUGACCGCUAUUAGAUCAAUUCAUGGCCGACACGCGACUCCAUCGUAUAUGAAAACGAUUAUCGAAUACUUGCUCAAAGCUAAGGAGAGGCUCGAAAUUUUGUCUAGUCGCAAACGUGGCCUCGUCGAUUUCGGAUCGCCUCAAGCCUCUGAACAGGAGCAUGCUCUGGUGACCGCUAUUGAUCAAUUCAUGGCGACUCCAUCGUAUAUGAAAACGAUUAUCGAAUACUUGCUCGAAGCUAAGGAGAGGCUCGAAAUUUUGUCUAAAACCUCCCCAUAUAUCUCGGAUGGUAUACUCGCAGGAGCCGACUUUAUCAUUUACAAUGUCAUGGGAGUUUCGACCACCGGGAUUCGCAGGAAGCCAUCGUGCGUUUGGUCUCGAUGGAUACGAGGUGUACCACUUCGAUCGAUACGGCGGUUCUACGCUACUCUUAAGCAUAAUGGAAAUUUCGGCCCUCACGCCCUCGGUGUAUCCUCGCCCACCGCUCGC